AUGUCUUUGGCUCCAAAUUAUGUGGCAAAGGAUGGUACCACCACAAGCUACACCAUGAAUCAUGUGUUGUCCUCUCGUAACAUGAGUCCCAAUGGAAGAAUGUGUGGAAUCAGUCCAACGGGUCUUCUCUCUCAAUAUUCACUUGUGUUGACUCUUCUUGUGGAUGCCACUCAGACCGAACAACCCAAUGAUGGAUUUGUCGAAUCAUCGAGUUGUACCUCACAUUCUUCUCAACAGCACUCCUAUUCUGAAGGAUUUAGUUCAAAUUAUUAUCUUGCCAAUUUGAAUCAUGCAGAUACUUCGUGUCGAAAUGGUAAUGGUUGGCUCUCUCGAUCGAAGCAACCCUGUUUGUAUUAUAAGGAUAAAAUGUAA